GGGGGCAUCAAUAUAAAGGAGCUCCAUUCUUCAGCAGAAACAAUAUUGAAGAAGUCAAUGUACUGUCGAGAUAGUGCAAAAUCUAGUCAAAAAAGCUUUUUCCUAUUUUUGGCAACCAACUUUAAUCUUUUUGUAUACAAGUAAAAUAAUUUUUUAUUCAAAAUGUGUGAUGACGACGUAGCAGCUUUAGUAGUAGAUAAUGGAUCAGGCAUGUGUAAGGCAGGAUUUGCAGGAGAUGAUGCUCCACGUGCUGUAUUCCCUUCCAUUGUUGGAAGACCUAGAUAUCAGGGAAUUAUGGUUGGUAUGGGACAAAAGGAUAGUUAUGUGGGAGAUGAAGCACAAAGUAAAAGAGGUGUUUUAACAGUUAAAUAUCCAAUUGAACAUGGUAUUGUAACAAAUUGGGAUGAUAUGGAAAAAAUAUGGCAUCAUACAUUCUAUAAUGAAUUAAGGAUUGCUCCGGAAGAACAUCCCGUUCUUCUGACUGAAGCUCCUUUGAAUCCUAAAGCUAAUCGAGAGAAGAUGACACAAAUUAUGUUUGAAACUUUUAAUUCUCCAGCAAUGUAUGUCGCCAUACAAGCUGUUUUAUCGCUUUACGCUUCAGGACGCACUACAGGCAUUGUUCUAGAUAGCGGAGAUGGAGUUUCGCACACAGUACCAAUUUACGAGGGAUAUGCAUUACCGCAUGCAAUUUUACGUAUGGAUUUGGCUGGUCGUGAUUUAACGGAUUAUCUUAUGAAAAUUCUAACGGAAAGAGGAUAUUCUUUUACAACUACCGCAGAGCGUGAAAUCGUUCGAGAUAUUAAAGAAAAAUUGUGUUAUGUGGCUUUGGACUUUCAGCAAGAAAUGGCUACGGCUGCUGGUUCAAGUGCUUUGGAAAAAAGCUAUGAAUUACCAGAUGGUCAGGUGAUUACUAUCGGAAACGAACGUUUCCGUUGCCCAGAAGCAAUGUUUCAGCCAAGCUUCCUUGGCAUGGAAUCAUGCGGGAUACAUGAAACAACUUAUAAUUCAAUUAUGAAAUGCGAUGUUGAUAUUCGUAAGGAUUUAUAUGCGAAUUCAGUUCUAUCGGGCGGUACCACCAUGUAUCCGGGUAUUGCGGACAGAAUGCAAAAGGAAAUAACGGCACUGGCUCCAUCCACAAUGAAAAUCAAGAUAAUCGCGCCUCCAGAAAGGAAAUACUCGGUCUGGAUCGGUGGUUCGAUCUUGGCCAGCUUAAGUACAUUCCAGCAAAUGUGGAUCUCGAAACAAGAGUACGACGAGUCGGGACCAUCCAUUGUACACAGAAAGUGUUUUUAAUUUUUCUUUUUUCUUUUUGCAACGAUUUGAAAAGAAAUUUCAUCAUAUCUAAUUAAAAAAUUAUUAAUUAAUAUCAUGUCGUAAUGAAAUUUUGAUUUAUGUACAAAGUUAUACAUCACAAUGUGCGCCAUCUGACAUUUAUUAAAAAUUAAGAUCUGUUUUUAAGGAUAAUUAAUCUUUAACAUUUGUCGAGAUGUUUUUGUACGAAAUAAUUUUAUUUAUUUUAUAUUUCUUAUCUCUAAAUUAUAAUUUUUAUUAGAUACAGGUCAUUUCAUAAAUAUUUAAAAAUUAUUUAAUAAUGAAAUAUUAUUAAAUUGUUUUUUUCUAUCUCUUUUACUCUGUUUAUUUUUACUAUUUUAUACAUUGUUUUAUUUAAAAAUAAACAGAUUCGCAUAUAUACAUGAUUGAAAUAUAUUUAGAAUGUAAAUGUUUCUUUGAUUAUAACAGCUGAAAAUUAUAUUGUUACAUAUUAUGUAUUAUAAUAGAAUUUCAGAUAUUCUUAAAAAAUGAUCUGUUAUUUAUGGAAUGACCUGUAUACAGAACAAUAAUAUGUGUACUAUGAUAUAAUAUAACAUUUAUAUAUAGUACACGAUAUAAUAAAUAUAUUUUGCAAAACGCGCAUACACUCACUCAUGCCCUUAUGUAAUUGAUUCAUUUAUUUUGAUAAUUUAAUACUAUAAAAAAAUAAAAAAUUAAAAAAGUUGUCUAGUUCAAAAAAGAAAUUUUUAUUAUCAUAAUAAGAUUAGUUUAUAAAAUUUAUGGAAUUUCUAAAAUUUACGCUUGUUAUAUAUCGAACAUAAUAAAGUUAUAAAAAAAUAUA